AUGCAAAAACCAGCCAUGGCUACUGCUAAAUCUUUCACUCCCCUCCUUUUCAUUUCAUUUCUCUUACUGGCUUCUUGCCUCACUAGUGCCAGUGGGGCAAAAAUCAAAGCUAAUGUUACUAUAGCGAAUGGUCUCGCUUAUAGAUUCUACAGAUAUAUAUGUCCUCAAGUUGAAGUUCUUGUGAGAAGUUAUCUGCUGCAAGUUUUCAGCAGGGACGUGGGGCAAGCAGCUGGUUUGCUUCGUCUCCACGCUCACGACUGCUUUGUUCAGGGAUGCGAUGGAUCGGUAUUGCUAGAUAAAUCAAUCGAGAGAACUGAACUUCCCAACUUGAGCUUGAGACCAGAGUCAUUUCAGAUCAUGGAAACUCUCCGCCAGAUUGUCCACUCGCAGUGUGGCCCAGUCGUCUCUUGUUCUGAUAUUCUCACACUCGCUGCUCGUGAUUCCGUCUUCUAUACAGGUGGGCCUGAUUAUGCAGUCCCUUUGGGAAGGCGAGAUGGAGUAACGUUCCCAAGACCAAAUCAAACAUUUGAAGACCUGGUGGCUCCUUUUGCUAGAACAACUGAAAUAAUUACCAAGUUUGCUCGAAAAGGCAUGAAUGCAAUUGACGCUGUAGCCCUCUCAGGUGCCCACACCAUUGGCAUCGCCCAUUGCAGCUCUUUCAGUGAACGUCUUUUUCCUAAUAGAGAUCCUACUAUGGAAAUUUCAUUCUUCAACAUUCUUAGGCAAGUUUGUCCUGCUCCAACCUUCAACGCUGCAACUUCGUUGGAUAUUCGAUCCCCUUUCAGAUUUGACAAUUUGUACUUCGUUGAUCUCAUGAACCGCCAGGGCGUGUUUACCUCAGACCAAGAUUUGUUUGAAGAUCUUAGGACAAGGGGUGUUGUUAUUAGUUUUGCUGCUAACCAACUAUUGUUCUUCCAGAGCUUCGCUGUUGCCAUGACCAAAAUGGGGAGUGUGGAGGUGUUGACAGGCGCACAAGGGGAAAUUCGCUCCAGGUGCAACAUGAGGAAUUCUGAUAACAUUAACGAUUUGGUGUCCGUAGUGGAAAAGGAUCUUAUGGGUUCAUCCUUUGCAAUGAGAUAAAACA